ACAGUCCACAUUUGCUUAGCGUUGCUUUGGCAGACUGAAUAAACCCUGGAUCCCCACCACAGUGGGUGAAAGCCCACCAUCUAGCUCCCUUUUUCAUGGCAAAACCCCUGACCCCUCCAGCCACCGUGCAAAACUCAACCCUCUAGCCGAACGUCUCCAAGUUGGGGGGCUGCUGCGUGGGCGAGACAAAGUUCAGUGGUGGACCCAGAGGCGAAGGAGUUGGUGGAGCGCAGAGGCGAGCGCAGUUAUCAAGGCGAGCUCGCAGUGAGUGGGUCUCUCCGGUGGGGGGGAAGUUUAAGCACAGAGCUCCUCCCGCCACUUCCACUCGGAGGAGGGGCAGAACAACGCUGCCCGCCCGCCUGCCCGCCUGUCUGCCUACUGGAUGCAGCGCCUGGGCUUCAUCUUCAUCGGCUGCUGCUAAAGACCUGGAUCUCUCCACCUGAACCCACCCGAGGUUCUCCUCUCUCGCCUCCUCUCUAGACACUGUCUGCCUCGACACUUCUGGACACAAGUAGCCGUUCGACGCGCGUGUGCGCCACUGUGUUGGGGGUUUAUGUGUCCAGUCGAGGCGAAGUGACGCGCUCUACCUGGCCAUCCACAAAAACUCAACUACGGCUAUUCGGAGUCGCUGGGAAAGAAGCGAAAGUGCUCGAAGCGCCACCGCUACUCCCCCCGCUGAGCGCGUAUGCACUGCAUUUCUCUCCGAUCGCUGAGAUUCUGAGGGGAUUUUUGGACUUGGGGGGGCUGAUCGUGCUGAAGUUUGUAUGCCUCACCGAAUCGGUCUGAAUUGAUUGUCCAGGAGAUUGUCCAAGGAUCUCGGGAUCUCGGAUAUUUGGGUGCAAAAAAAAGGCAUAAAAUAUGGCGAUGCUGGCGAGUUUUUGGAUACUCCUGCUGCUUAUCAUGAACGCGUCAAUGGGAAAUGGGCAGUCUGUACAGAUGGACACAGUGAAGUCCGGCUUCGUGGGCUCCACGGUGGAGCUCCGCUGCCUCUUCAUCAACAGCAAGCCUCCGGUGAAGAUCUCGCAGGUCACCUGGCAGAAGUUCUUCAACGGCACCAAGCAGAACGUGGCCAUUGCCAACCCGGCACUGGGCGUGUCCGUCCUGCCUCCGUUUAAGGACCGCGUGAGCUUCAAGCACCCGGCCGUGCGCCAGAGGACGACGCCUUCGCUGGAGGACACCACCAUCAUUUUCAACAACCUUCGCCUCUCUGACGAGGCUGCCUACAUCUGCGAGUACACCACCUUCCCUGCAGGGAACAGGGAGAACACGGUUAACCUCACCGUCUAUGCUCGCCCUGUGACCAUGAUGACCCUUACCACUCCUACCAUCAUCGCCCGCGGGCAGAAGCGUAAGAUGACGGUGGCUACCUGCCAGUCGGCCAAUGGCAAGCCUCCCAGUGUCAUCAAGUGGGAGACUAAGCUGAAGGGCGAGGCCACCUUCCAGGAGACCCGCAACCCUAACGGGACGGUCACCAUCCGCAGCAACUACGUGGUGGUCCCCAGCCGCGAGACCCACCGGCAGAAGCUUACCUGUGUCGUCACGUACCGUGCUGAACGCUUCACAGACAGCGCCAUUCUCAAUGUCCAGUACGAGCCUGAGGUGAAGAUUGAAGGCUUUGAUGGUAACUGGUACCUUAACCGGCAGGACGUGCAGCUCACCUGUGUCGCAGACGCAAACCCAGCCGUCACCGUCUACCAGUGGAAACUGCUUAACGGAUCGCUGCCCAAAAACGUGGAGAUCAAAAACAACACGCUCUUCUUCAAGGGGCCGGUGACGUACGAGCUGGGCGGGACGUACGUGUGCGACGCCACGAACAGCAUCGGCACGCGCUCCGGUCUUGUGGAAGUUAAUGUGACAGAAUUCCCUAUCCACCCGUUUCCUGAUGGCCGUGAGAUCCCGCAGGAGCAGAGCAGCUCGGGUGCCGCUAUCGGGGGUGCCGUAGGGGGCGUGGUCCUGCUGGCAGGCGGCGCCGCUCUGCUCUUCUUCUUCCUGCGGCGUCGCCAGCGCACCUUCAAGGGCGACUACAGCACCAAGAAGCAUGUUUUCGGCAACGGCUACAGCAAGGCCGGUGGUCUGCCUGCCCACCCGCCUGCACCCAAGAGCCUGCAGUACCCAGACGACUCGGACGACGAGAAGAAGCCGGCACAGAUCGGCGGCGGGCCCGGUGGCUUCGAGGCCGGGGAGCGAGACUUCGACGGCAACUCAGAGGACCUGAAGCGGCCCUACUUCACAGUGGACGAGGGCGAGAGCCGCGACUACAAUGAACGGACUCUCUCCUUCCAGUACGAGCCAGAGGCCGAAAUCACCGACGACAUGGUGUCCCAGACCGACGGCUCCGUCAUUUCAAAGAAAGAGUGGUACGUGUAGCGUGGCAUGCACGACGACAGCGACGACGACAAAAAGAAAAGAAAAAAAAAAACGAGAGAAAAGAAUCAACAGAUCUUACGCUCCUUCCUGCAUCUGACCACACCCCUUCACAACACACCUCCCUCCAUCCGUCCGUCCGUCCACUCCAUCUCCCUCACUCCUUCCACCCGGCAACCCCCCGCCCCCAUCCAAGCCCAUCUGACCGAACGUUCGAGAAAAAUGCUUUGUAAAAACACGUCAUCAUCCUGAUAUACCCACACGCUACUAGGUUAACCUGCUACAUCUGCGAAAAAGAGGCGUGGUCAUUUGACUGAUGCCAGUCGCCAUUGACUCUUAAAAGCCGUUCAGGCUGGUUGCUUGAAAAUUUUAUGGUGUAUUAUUAUUUCCUUUCCUUUGGUCUUCUUUUGUUUGAAGUUAUUCUAAAUGUAUUAAAUGUAUAAAAAGAGACUUUGUAACUGUUUUAGGAUCGGGUGUUUCUCAUCUUGUGAAAGUCCUACACUGGAUGUAUGAUAUAUUUUUUUUUUAUUGCUUUAAUCUCAUUACCGUUGUUUUUACAUUUACGGUUGCUCUUUUUCCUUUUUAGUAAUAUCUUUUUUUUUUUUAAUGGGGUGUCGGUUAUCUCAAACUGUGGAGGUAAAAAUAUUAGAAAUCCUCUUAUGUAAAUGGAUAGUUACAAGAUAUGUGGUCAGUUGUUUCAGAGUGAAAUUAGACAGCUGUUUCGUCUUAGAGGUUUGGUCUCUGUAGCGCAGCCCACGUCUUUCUCCCCUCAGCCAAUAGGGCAUGGAGCCGGAGGCCAGGGUCAGUGAGUGGGCGGAGUUUAAAAGAUGGAGCAUCUUAGCCUGCUGUGGAAUGAACCUUUCUGGGCUGAAACAGAGCAGUUAGGGGGGGAAGCACACAAGUCCUAGACUAAUCUCUGAAGCAUGUCUAUGAUAGUAUUGAUUCUAAUAGCCCAUGGUGAGGUUUGCUCGGCUUGACACUGAAAGCUGAGGGACGUGGCUCCGGUUUUAGCCAUAUGCACACUGUACUCAGGCAGAAAAGGCACAGACAGAUGUACAGAGCCAGCCUCCUGGCUACUAAACUCCUAGCACUAAUACAGAUGGGGACGGGCCAGUUUAUCCUUCGAACAUCACUCUUCCUUGCUGUCAGCAUGUCCAGUAUUUGCUUUAACAAAGCCAGUUUCUGUUAACAGAUCCAAACCUGUGUGAAAAUGCCUCUUAACGGGGACCAGCCCUAUUUGUCCAAUUGUUUGUGAGGUAAUCGAUGCUCUAGAGAAGGGAAUACGCUUGACGUUGUAAAUAUUAAGAGUAUGGCUCAGUAAUAUUUUGUCACAUGCAUAUAAGUCCUCAAACACACGGCAACGUAUUCAGAUGCUUCGGAUGGACAUAUUGGAGAGGAAUAUUGAAAGGAAAGCCUUGGGAACGAAGAAAACAGAUCAAUAACACAUCGAAACAUGCUCAAAACUGAUAUCGAAGGGUUGAAAACUCUCCAUCCACCGUGUUCUGCUUGUUCCUUUUUUGUGUUUAUUCAACGAGGCGACUUCUGCUCAAAAACACUGCCACCACCACAGAUGGGUAUGAAACCACGAGGCCAUGUGCUGCCGGAUUAUCUGAACCACUGUCUCUGCUGCCAGUAACUGGGGUUCACAGCAUUAUUUUUGCCUGCAGGCAGAGAAAUUGUUGUUUGUGGAAAGGGAAAAAAAAGUCAUCAAGCUCAUCAAUGGACAUUAAUUGACACACCUGGCAGCCUGAUAAGUUACAAAUAUGUAAGCCUUAUUUUCAUAUAUGUAUUGUUGUUUUUGGCAUGUGUGGCUGAGUGAGCGCGUUUAUGUAUAUUUUUAUUUUUUAUUUUUUACUUUUGGUCUUUGUUUCUCUUUUUUGCAUUUAGCCAGAGCUGUGGUCUUUUCUGUGAUUCUGUUAUGUUGGCUCUUAACAGUAAAAGGCUUGCCAGCAUGAUGGGGCACUGGGACGUACCGUCAGUGAAUUGUCGGCACUAGGCCCACUCCGCUAACACAAUUUUAUUUCCACAGACAAUAACGUUUCUAACAACGUAUUCAUUGCUCUCCAAACCCCCUCAAAAAUGCAUCUGAAUUUAUCACUGCCUGUCAGUGAAAUGCUUAACUCCCCUGCCUCUGCAAGAUGAAAUCUCAUAGACAAUCCAUGGGCUCUUGUAAGAUAAUGGGGCCAAAUGAUUGCCACUUAAUGCAAAUCUGUGCUAGCAUUAGAUUAACACCUUUGCUGUUUGGGCAAAACAAGAGAAAAACAAAACAAACAAAAAAAAAUGUGAUGACUAACUGUUGAAUUGUUCAUUUGUUGUUUCUUUUUAAUGAACAACUUUAGCUCAAUAGUUCUACAAACAUGGCAGUGCCUAUGAUGUACGUGAGAUGUAUUUUUCUUUUUUUUUUCUUUUUUAAAGAAAGGUCUAAAAAAUUGUACAGAAUCUUUGCUCAGAAAUGUUUGUCCUCUCCAUGCUGUGUAUAAUAGGUUUGUUUUUACAAAGGCUAAAGUUCCUGGGUGAACAAUCUUAAACUCUUCAAAAAAAGGUUCUUGGACUAAAGUUCUUGGCUUGGUUGUGCACCUUAAUUGGUAUGGUGCCUUUCGAUUAUGUGUCAGUUCUUCAGACUUAAAAAAAAUUGACACAGAAUUUUGAAAUAGUCUAUAGGGAACCACAGGUGGUUCCGCUCCAAUGGACCUUUAUUUUUAAGAGAGUAUUUGGUCCCUUUAGAUGAAGUUGGGAGACACACACACACACACACACACACACACAGUACUGUGCAAAAGUCAGAGACCCCACUUUGUUUAUUUCAUUUUCAGUCCAGUUGGCCAUAAAAGACAUUCUUCAGGAGAUGCUUAUGAGAAGAUUAGACGGAAAAUAAUCCACUUGUACAAGGAAGAGGAAAGUCAAAGGAGAAAAAAAGAGUUUUAAUAAAAAUGGGACUCCAAACAACCACACAGGACUUGGUAGACCACCAGAGAAAAACACUACUUUCAUCUUUGAGUGACAAAACAUCAAGCUUCAGAUGAGACCAUCUACAGGUGUUUCUGUCCAUCCUUCCACUGAGAAGACGACUCAGCGCUAUGGGUCUGAAAGGAUGUGUAGCUACAAGCCUCACUGAGAAAAUGAACCAGAAACAGGAUAUUUUGCCUAACAAAGAAGCUGCUGGUGUUCUCAGAACAAUGGACUGCCCACCCCACAGCCCAGACUUAAACAUCUUUGAAUGUGUUUUGAAUGUAUUUGACAUCGUAAACUUUGAUCAGAAGAAGCAGAAAAUCCAACCAACUUCUAAGACUGAACUUCAGAGGUGUGGAAAAAUCUCCCUGCAGAUUUCUGUGAGAAACUGAAAGCAGGUCUCUCGGAGAAAGAAAGGAAGCUAAAUGCUGAAAAUGCGAUUAUGUUUAGUUGUUGAGGUAAAUGGACACUUUGACUGGGAAUUAAAUGAAAGAAGGAUGGGCUCUGACUUUAGCGCAGUACCUCAUCUCUAUGUUUACACGUUCAGGCCAGUGUGGAGGGGAGUUGUGUUGUUUUUGUCUCGCAGUUCACUUGUAGUGCGUUUCUCAGCCCUGAUGAUUUCAAAUGCCUCUCAAAUGGAGACAGAAGAGGAAGCAGAGUCUCAUACCCGACCCCUCCAGCUGACCUUCAGCACUUUGUUUUCACACUAGAACUGGAAAGGCUGAGGGAUAAUCCUGGCAGGAGAUUAGGGAGACCCACUUUUCUUUCCGUUAAAUCACAUGCUUUUGUUCCGAAGCAGUUAAUUAACAAUUAAGUUGUUUCUCCCUUUCCGUCAUUCGCAUGGUGCUGACCCGGCUACCUACAGGGGUUCGUAUUAAUUACAUUCCUUUCUUUUUCCCAGUUAAGCACAAGUUCCUCCAGCGCAGAGUGGUUUAUAAUGGGCUUUAAAUGUCAGACGGGGGACACAAUAUGAGUUUAAUCAAGCUGUAUUCACGUCCUACGUCUAGUGUUCUUUGCUGUAAUCACUCUCAUGAGCACGAUGGCGACGAGGCGGUUUUACGGUGACCAGUGUACACAGUUUUUUUUAACAUAUGCGCAGUUUUAAAAGGGGAAAACCAUUAUUAUUUCCCAUCCUGUAACAAAACUCACCCUGUCAUUCCAACAUCUUCUAACUGCCCACUUCAAAGCUUGACAUUCCAUUGUAAAUACUGUAUGUAACAUUACGUCUAUAGCCGGGUUUCCGUUUGGUGAGCUGAAGUAGGGACGCCUUCCCGUGUACGUUCGACUGCGAACCGAUCCGAAAAACCGACCUAUCAGAGACUUCGAACUGGCUGGAUGUUGUAUAGCUUAUUGCCAUAAUUCUACUUUAUCCUCACCUUACAUAUGUUCUGAUAUGCCGAUGGGUCCCGCAUAGGGCAAAGGCACCGACGCAUAUCACGACUUUGUACAUAACUGCAACAAAAACACAAAAGAAUGAUCUAGUCUACAUGCAGCCGUGUGAAUGUAUGUUUGCUGAGGUUGAUUAUGAAAAAAGAAAAAAAAAUAUUGUUCACAUGUGUUGACCCAGUGAAGUAACCUGUAUUUGCUUUAAAAGAAAAAGAAAACAUUAAAUGAUUUCAAUGGUCAAUGAUA